AUGCACAAAGCUUGCUACUGGCCGAAUGAAGCGUACGAGCCGUGUUUCGGCGGCUGCGCGGAGGUUUCAUGCGACAACCCUCGGAACCACCUGCGACCCUGCUACCCCUACUGCGAGCCAGGAUGUGUGUGUGAAGAGCCCUAUGUCCGAGAUGACCGAACUCAUCAAUGUGUGCUGCCUCAAGAUUGCUCACCAACGCAAAUGGGAAUACCGGUACCAGCGAAGAAGAUACAAGAUAAACCGAAAUACCAAAACAGAGUGGCUCGAGCUCACUCAAAGCGAUCAGAUCGCACAGAUACAGAGGCAAUGGAAUUCGUAGAUAACGACAUAGCAAACACCAUCAGCAACAAUGCACCAAUCAGUGUCAGCACCAACGUGAACCCUAAAAGUGAUGACGGGUUCAAACAGCACGGCAACGAAGUGUCCCGCAUGGAUAACAUCGUAGCAAUGGCAACAAGAGCUCUCGGUUAUGAUUACGAUGAUGGCGAUACCAAGAAAAGACACUCGCUUUUAGACGAAAGAAGAAAUUGGCGUAAGAAAGCUUUGAUGAAACCCCUAGAAGAAACAAAAGAUUGGGAUAGAAGAAGACACGAAUAUGAUACUAGAGAUCCAAGAGAGCGAGACAGGUAUUUGGAUGAACCGGAAACGAAGGCGUUAGGAGGAGCAAUAGACAGACAAAGAGAUAAUUUGGACAGACAAAGAGAUAUGGACAGGCAGAGAGAUGUGGACAGGCAGAGAGAUUUGGACAGGCAAAGAGAUUUGGACAGGCAAAGAGAUAUGGACAGACAACGAGACGCGGACAGGCAAAGAGAUUUAGACAGACAAAGAGAUAUGGACAGGCAAAGAGAUAUAGAUGGUUCUUCCCCGUUCAGACCAGGACAGAGGCAUUACGAAGAUGAGAAAAUGAAUUUACAACAAACAAUAAAAAGUUCAGAAGUUGCACACACAAUAUCAUACUUGGAUGAAAGAAAAGAUGUUGAGAGAGACAAGAAGACACCUUUGUCAAUGAACUGCGAGCGACCACACGAAAGGUACGAAGCAUGUUUCGCGGGAUGUGCAUCAGUGACGUGCGACAAUCCUCGCGACCGCUUGCGACCCUGCUACCCAUUCUGUGAACCUGGCUGCAUCUGCAUACACCCCUAUGUACGCGACGACAGGACACACAAAUGCGUACUACCCGAAGAAUGCACCAAUGUAAAACUAACACAAGAUAUUCGACAACAUUAUUAUGGUGAACAUGGGCCUGGUGGCGGUGCCCCGAGCAUCAUCCCAAGUACUGAAACCUAUCCAUCUGCCACACCUAAUGACCGCACCGGGAAUAAAGGCAAUGAAAUUCUCAAGGACACGGACGAACUCGGUGACUGGCUUUAUAAUCAGUUCUUUAAAACUAUUGAGAGUCAAGUCAUAAAUAAUUCAAAUAAUACAAAACCAAUUAAUAACAAUAAGCCACCAACACGUAGAAGUGGCGGAGACAGUAAGCCAUCGGUCGUUUCAACAAAAAAAAUUAAAACCCGAAGGUCUUUCGGCCGUACUAGAAAAAGGAAGCAUAAUAUGAAAAUGCAUGGACUAAGAAGGAAACUACUACGUAUUACAGAAGAUGAUAGUUUGUUUGAUUCUGAAUCGGAUUCCGAUUCUAUUGACAGUUCCGGUUCCAGCGACAGUGACAGUGGCAGUGACGGUUCAAGUGAAACGAGCGAUGGAAAUAAACCAGGAUCCGGAUCAGAAGGAGACAAAGAUCACGGUCAUAAAAAGGUUAUCAUAUUUAAUAGAAGACCCAAGCCGCCAUUGCCUUCAUUUAUUUUCUUACCAAAUAUGGAUACACCAUAUUACCCGCCCAUAGGCUUACCGCCACCGCCACCAAUGCCAAUGUACCCUAUGGUCCCAGUGCCACCGAUGGGUGCUCCUAUGUAUCCUUUCCCAGGUACUGUGACGAAUUGUGACGUAAAUAUCACGACUACUACCAGCGAAAUGACUACAUUGACAACGACAGUCUCAACAACUACAAAAAUAACCAUACCUGAAAAGAAAAGUGGAGUCAGACGCAGUAAAUUUGAAAGAUUCAAAAACAGACCAAUAGAUGAUGAAGAAUUCAUGCUUCGAGCUAGUGAACCAGGGAAGCAAGCUAAACUCAAGAAUACUCAGCGAAAUAAACUCAUGCAAAAACUACGUGAUAAAAUGAAAGAAAAAAGAAAGAAUAUAGCUCCAUCAACAUCAGAAGAUGAAAGUGAUUUAUUAGUAAAUCUAGAUGAUUUACCAAAUGUAUCAGACGCAUUCACGUCAUUUAAAAAGCGAAAAAUUAAAAAACAGGACGAUGAAUCACAAACACCGAACUUGAAGGAUGUUGAUUUUAAAUACUUAUCGGAAUUAAUACAUAAAGUCAAUCAGAGUGCACCUAGGAAUAAGAUAUAUCCAUCGCCACCGCUACCGUUUGAUCUUAAAAAUGGCAUAAAAGAAUUGCAAAAACUGAAAGCACAGCCGACACGUCGUAAUUUUGAUUAUUUUGCCCAAGUACCCGCACCAGUUGGCGCUGAAAUAGCAAGUCCACAUGAUCAAACCAGAAAUUUGAAUGAACCAAGCUCUGACGAUGCCUACUACACGAACUUAGGGCGACAGAUCGCGUCCAUGAUUCGUAACACUGAGUUUAAAACAGACCAGCCGUUCAAUACUGACCAACACCGACCAGUUCCCUUUCGUUCCGUUCUCAAUGAGAAUAAUUAUUCGCCUGGAUCACUCUGGGAAAGAUCAGUACGAUCUCCACUCCCUCAGCUUUCUGAUAUUAAACCAAACACCUACCUUGAUGAGUCACGCACUUUGAAACACAGUAAUGAAAAAAACCUUUUGAAUCUAGAAAAUGAAGUUGAAUCUUACGUAAGUACGCAGCCUCCUUUAAGUUUGCAAGAGCUUGAAAACAUUUUAAAUGCUGUAGAAAAGGCACAAGAUCUAAUGAAAGACCCUCUCGAUAGCCCAAAACCUACAAACUCUAGUCUAAAUGUAAACAUCUUACCGGAAUAUCUUAGAGAUGAUCACGCUUUUAGAAAAUUGUAUGAUAUGGAUAAUACAGAUGAUUUUAGCCCAGAAGAAAAUACACGACACUAUUUUUAUAUGAAAAAAUCUCCUGCGGACCCGAAAUAUUCAAACUUUAGUAUGAAUUUCUCACCUGAGUAUCACAGAGGUGAUAAUACAUAUAGGAGUUUGUUUGGUGCUGGUAACGAUGACUUUCUAAGCCCAGCUGAAAAAGCACAAUAUUAUUUUCAAGUUCAAAAACAGGACUCCCCAAGAUACCCGAAAACCUCUAACAUUAGUUACACUCUUACCAUCCCAUCUGAUUAUGUCAGAGGCGACAAUACCUAUCGACAGUCAUUUGAUACUGAUAACGCAAACAUUUUAAAACCAGAAAAAGCCACAAAUAGUUUUGAACUUCAGAACACCCCUGAAGAUGAGAAACCUUUUUUAAACGAUAGACUCAACGUACAUCUCCUACCCAGGCAUCCUAGAGGUGACAUAGACAAUUUAUAUCCCAUAGAAAGGGCACAGUUUUAUAAUCAAUUUAAAAAUUCUCUUGCAACGCCGAAACCGACCAACGGUAGUUUCCAUGUGCUCAUGAUACCUAAGUACACCGGAGACUCUCACGUCUAUAGACGGCUAUAUAAUGCGGAUAACCACCCCCUAACUCACACUCCAAGACCACCAAAUAAAUUUGUAGAACCAAAACUUAUAACUGGGAAUUAUCAUUCCCUUUAUCCACUGAAAUUUGAAGAAGCGCGGAAUCCGACCAAUACGUCAAAUAAAACCAUAUUUCAAGACAUAGGAAGAAAUCAUAUACCACAAUCUAGGGAUUACUGGAUGUCUAUCAAUCAUCAUGUUCCUAAUCAAUUGGAAAGAGAACCGAAGAGUCCUGUAAAAUCGGAACAUAUCGAGCAAACCAACAAGCCUCUGCAGCAUGACAAUAAAAUACAAGCGACGAACCAGGUGGAACAGGAUCCUUUUGAGCCAAGCAGGGAGCGAAACCGCGCGGCAGAAGCUAGUUUUGUUAAAAUACUUGUUAUACCUAAGUACCCUAAGGUUAGUCUAAUGACGUCACCAGCGAUAACAAAAUCUCCGGAAAACCAAAAAGCCGAGAAAAAGUCACCUACAAAUUCAGUGCGCACUCCAGAGCGCACAGCAUCUCGCACCGAGACCGCUGCCCCUACGGCUUCCACAUCGACUGCUGAACCGCCAGAAACAUUCGGCUGGCUACGGAUUUUUAAACUAGCAGACCUCAUGAUGAAACAAGGUUGCUAA